AUGCAAGGUAGACAAGAUUCGAAUCGAGCUAACAGAACAUUGGAUCAGAGUCUCCGAUCGGAUGGAGUAGUGAGAAAGAAGCAUCAAGAUAUGGACUGGUAUCAUGGAUUACUGCCGAGAGCUGAUAUCAACACAUUAUUAGAGAACGAUGGUGAUUUCCUUGUGAGAACGUCUCAUAUCGCAGGAAACGAUGCGGCGAAAACAGUACUUUCUGUGAAAUGGAAGGGAAAAUGUCAUCAUUGGCAAUUGCAGGAGAAGGAGGAUGGAUCCAUUGUGAUUGAGGAUCGAAAGUUUGAUAAUGUUCUUGACAUGGUGACGACUCUCCGAAUGAAACGUCUACCUGUUUCCAUAAAAGUACCUGCACUUCUUCUGAAUCCAAUUAACAAACAAGAUUGGGAACUUCGCCACGAUCAGAUUAAAUUGGGAAAGAUGCUUGGAGAAGGAGCAUUUGGAGGAGUUUAUAAAGCAGUUUUUUAUUGUAAGGGAGAGAAACGAAUGGUUGCUGUAAAAGUAAACAAGGGAAACGAGAAGAUCAGUACACGGAAUAUGAUAGAAGAUGUUUGUAAAGAAGCAAGAAUUAUGAGACAGUACCAACAUCCGAACGUCGUCUGUUUCUUCGGAGUUUGUGUUGAGAGAGAACCGAUCAUGCUAGUAAUGGAGCUGGCAAACCAAGGAGCACUCGAUUCAUUUCUGAGAAAUGAGAAGAAUACGGUCUCAUUGAGAGACAAAUUGAAAUACUCAUUUGAUGCUUCGAAAGGACUUGAAUAUCUUCAUAAAAAUGGAUGUAUUCAUCGUGACGUGGCAGCUCGUAACUUUUUGAUGCACAAAAAUGUUGUCAAAAUUACGGAUUUUGGUCUUUCAAAGCAACUUUCUGAUCUUGCACACAAGUAUAAACUGAAGGAUAUUCAGGCGAAACUACCAAUCAGAUGGCUGGCACCGGAGGUUAUUGUCACUGCAACGUAUACUUUUAAGAGUGAUGUAUACUCUUUCGGUAUCCUUCUCUGGGAGAUAUUCAUGGAUGGAGCUAUUCCGUAUCCUGACUUGAAUCUCGCCGAAGUAAAACAAAAAGUGAAAACAGGAUACCGAAUGGAAGCACCUGAUCGAAUGCCAACAUUUGUUCGUAAUAUUAUGAUCGGUAUGUGCUGGCCGCAGGUUCCAGAAGACCGUGGAAAUAUGACUGAAAUUCGAACUGCAAUGGAGAGUGUUCUGGAUGGAAAAGUAGGAGCUUCGAACAAUCGAUCCGUUUAUUACAGAGCUUGA